CUAUUUUAUGUGCUGCUUAGUUCAAAACCUUAACGCGCCAAGGUUAGCGCUCUCUGUAAUUAGGAAGUCGGCUUUGUCUCUACUUCUACUAAACUAUGGAAGACUCAGUGUAUGUAACUAAACUCCCCGCUCCACGUGAAGUAUCACCACUCAUACGAACAGCGCGUUGGGGAUUGUUAGCUGCUGGGAUUGUUUAUGGAGCUCUACGCCUAAAAUAUCUUACGAAAAGGGAAAAGAAGAUAUCCGAACGUGACCGUGCAGUUAUAGAAAAAAGAUUGAAAGAGUACAAUGAAUUAUCUGCUUUACAGGCACAAAAAUCUUUGGACGAGUUAUCUAAAGCCACUGGUGUACCGUUGAAUUAGUAGAUAACAUAAUAAAUUUUAGAAAGUACUGUGAUGUAUAUCACUUCAUUUUUUUAGAUAUAUAAUCAGUCCACAUUUUCCUCUUUUUACCUGUUUACAAUUUUAUAUUAACAAAAAUGGCACUAAACAAAUCAGAACUAGUGACAACUUUCGUGUCACACGCUUUGUACCUCCACCUGGCAAGGUUUAAGCAGCUGCGUUAUUAGACCUAACAUAAAUGCAGCUCAUAAGCUAGUACCCAAACCUACACAAAAACUGAAGUAACUUGAUUACCUUAUGAAGUCUUUUUACGAAUACGAUAGGCUCGUUUAUAUUUAUCAAUCUGUGACACAAUGUUCUUAGAAGCAUACUGUGCUCUGUAUGUAGCCCCAAAAACGAUUAGGAAAAAAAACACGUAAAAAGUAAUAGGAUUUAUACCCGUUGCACAAGUACAUCUAUCUAUACAUGGUAGAUAACGAACGCAAUUGAUGUCUAGGUCUAACAGUACUGGGCUUGAGUCUCGGCGUAAGCAUCAACGCUAGGAUGUGGAUACAUCCAGCUAACGAUUCUCAAAUCCUGAAUUCCACUGCCACCCAUUUCCCGACUUUGUUAAAACUUGCGUAUUUUAUAUUUAAAGUUGUUUAUUCGGCUUCCAUGGUUCAAUUCACUGUUUCGAGAUACCAUGAGAGAUUGAAGAUUUUAGAUAGUUUGAAAUUCGUUAUAAUAUUUUGUUUUUACAUGAAUCCUCCAUGAAUGUUUUUAUAGGGCUUCUUUUUUUUUACUGAUUAUGUUUAACUCUUUGUAUAUUAUAUACUAUUUUCAGUGUCGUAUUGUGUAAUAAAGUUAAUACCUUGAAUAAGCGGUGUUGCGUGAAUAUAAAUUAUUAAGCAAGUACACAGCUUACAUUGAGCGCUGAUUAUUAUGAAGAACAAUACUGCAAACCAGUCAUUGUCAGCAUUGAACCUGACAAAUGUGCGUUAUC